AUGUUCACCCUUGUCCUCAUCGGUCGCGCCUCGAAUGAGCUGAAGGCGCAGGUGCGCGUGGCGUUGGUGGAUAACGCGCAACUCUUCAGCGUCGCGGGGUCCGCGGAAGGCGAGAGUGACAACGUCUUUGUGCUGUGCAUCGACACCGAAGACUCAGCGAUCAUGGAGCCGCUUUACCAAGGCUAUCACUAUCGCUUUGUCUGGUCGGAGCAGAGCUCGAUGGCAGAGCUGAUGUCGGCUGUGCAUCAUCGCCUCGACUCAAUGGCCCCUGCACAAGCGCACAAGGACAAGCGCAUCAGCGGCUCCUUCACUAGCACCCGCGGUGCCGCCGAGGAGUCAAACUUCCUGACAGUGGUCCGCGACGGCUUGGCAAGCGAUGGAGGGCUUUACAUUCUCAAGAAGAUUCCCACAAUGCCGGACUCGCAGCUAUACUACUUCUGCAAGCAGCGCAACCUCGCCUACGUCGAGGCGGCGGUGAUUAUCCUGGAGCAGCUCGUGGACGCGAGCAUCACGCCGUCCACACUGUACCCCCUGGUUCUCCAGGCCUACGACCGCAGUCGGUGGUCCGACAAGGACGACAUCUGCCCUGUGACGCCGCUUCUGAGGAAUGAGGCAACCGCGCCGACCAGGACGGACGGAGCCGGCGCAGUGGACACUCUCAGCCGGUCCGCCUCCUUCAAUGCGCCAGAGCGAUGGGCGACGAAUAUGUCCGUAAUGGAGCUCUUCCAUGGCCCCACGGCCGCCUUCAAGGACUUCGCCCUCCAGCUUUUCCCGCGCUACUUUGGAAGAGCGACUCUCACAGAGGCAAAAGAAAAGUACGUCGUCCUCGCCGCUACCUCCGGCGACACCGGAGUCGCGGCGAUCAGCGGCUUUGUCAACGCGGGCGGCCACUCGCAGGUCAUGGUGCUGUACCCCAUGCAUGGUGUCUCGCCGGUGCAGCAAACACAAAUGCUCUCCUUCGACGACGGCACGCAGGUGCGGGCCUACGCGGUAGACUCGAACUUUGACUUUUGCCAGCGCACCGUGAAGGAGCUCUUAUCCAACGAUGCCCUGCGCAACAAACUCGCGGUGGCAGAGCCGACAGCCGUGCGCCUCUCCUCCGCAAACAGCAUCAACUGGGGUCGCCUCAUUCCGCAGGUGGUCUACUACUUCUGGGCGUACCGCCACCACGUGCAGCACCCACCUGCGGGCUGGGUCUUCGGCGACCCGAUUGACGUGGUCGUCCCGUGCGGCAACUUCGGAAACAUCCUGAGCGGCUACAUUGCCAAGCUCAUGGGGCUGCCCGUGCGCAGGUUUGUUGUCGCCUCAAACCAGAACGACGUGCUCUAUGACUUCGUGAAGACUGGCAUCUACGACGUUCGUAAUCGCACCCUGGCGGUGACGUCAUCGCCGUCCAUCGACAUCUUGAAAGCCUCCAAUGUGGAGCGUUUCCUCUACCUCCUGAGCAACGGCAACACGGCCCUAGUGGGGCAGCUGAUGCACGACCUGGACACGGCCGGCAUCUUCACCUUACCAAACGACAUGCGCGCAACGAUGCAAGCCGUCUUCACGGCUGGCCGCUGCAGCGAGGAGGACUGCGCAGCAACCAUCAAACGUGUCUUUGAAUUAUCUGGCGGUUCGCGGCUGCUUGACCCACACACAGCCGUCGCCGUCUUCGUUGCUCAGGAGUUCCGCGAGGAGGAACUCCUGAGCCGCGACCUCACCUACCCAACGUCUACAGACACCGACACCGAUGUCCCACCACUGGUAAUCGCGAGCACGGCGCACUGGGCGAAGUUCCCGGCGCCGGUGCUGCACUCGCUGCGCGACGAGGGUGCUCAACUAGGUGAGCCGGCGCCGUCCGUCUCGGCCGCCAUUCAGGAAGUGCGCGCCCUCUACACAGAGGUCAAGAAAGCAGCCCCGAAGCAGCAGGUGCACCCGGCCCUGUCGCACGCACUGGAUGUGGCGGAGAAGAUGGGGAAGGAGGCCCGUGCCGUCCGCGCCGAUGUAGCGGCGAUUCAGAAGGAGGUGGAGGGAUUUGCCCUGUGCUGA